CGGCGGUCCGGUGCGCGUCUGUCACGCAGCUCGCAGCUCCCUCGAAAACGUACGGAGGCGCGGUGCGCUGGCGGAGGGCCGCUCGACAUGGCAGCGCCGAAGCGGGUUUGUCUCGUGGGCUCCGGCAACUGGGGCUCUGCCAUUGCCAAGAUCAUCGGUGCCAACGCGGCUAAGAACCCCAAGUUCGACAACACGGUGAACAUGUGGGUGUUCGAGGAGUUGGUGAACGGGCGCAAGCUCACCGAGAUCAUCAACACCGAGCACGAGAACGUCAAGUACCUGCCCGGACACAAGCUGCCCCCCAACGUGGUGGCUGUUCCGGAUCUCUUAGAUGCUGUGAAGGGGGCGGACAUUCUCGUCUUUGUGAUUCCGCAUCAGUUUGUUGGAAAAGUGUGUGACACCAUCAAGGACACCAUUAAGAAGGAUGCUGUGGGUAUGUCUCUUAUCAAGGGUGUAGACGAGGGGCCGGAUGGACUCAAAUUGAUCUCGGACGUCAUUCGGGAGAAGCUAGGAAUUCCCAUGACCGUGCUCAUGGGCGCCAACCUUGCCAAUGAAGUCGCGGAAGAAAAAUUCUGCGAAACCACGAUUGGGUGCAAGUACAAGGAGGUCGGCCCUCUGCUGAAAGAGCUGAUGCAGACGACGAACUUCCGUGUGACGGUGGUGGAGGAGUCGGAUGUCGUGGAGAUCUGCGGAGCUUUGAAGAACAUUGUGGCGGUGGGCGCAGGCUUCUGCGAUGGCCUGGGCUUCGGGGACAACACCAAGGCGGCUGUGAUCCGGCUGGGGUUGAUGGAGAUGAUCGCUUUUGCGCGGAUCUUCUGCACGAGCGGGUCCGUGUCCCCCGUUACCUUCCUGGAGAGCUGCGGCGUGGCCGACCUCAUCACGACCUGCUACGGUGGCCGCAACCGAAGGAUCGCCGAGGCCUUCGCCAGAACAGGGAAGUCAAUUGAAGAGCUGGAGAAAGAGAUGCUGAAUGGCCAGAAACUGCAAGGUCCAGCCACUGCUGCUGAAGUCAACCACAUCCUUAAGCACAAAAAUCUGGUGGAAAAGUUCCCCUUGUUCAACGCCGUGCACCAGAUCUGCCAUCAGGGACACCCGGUGAAAGAGUUCAUCACCUGUUUGCAGAACCACCCAGAGCACAUGUAACUGACCUGCCAAGACCGUAGGCAGACUGUGGGGGUGGGGGGGGAACAUGGUAGGUGUGCUGGAAGGUGCUUUUUGGGAGACAGUUUGCACUCUUCGUUCGCUUUUCACCCAUUUCUGUGUUUUUACACUUAAAUAUAGGAGGGGGUGAACAAAUGCAUCACCGCUGACGUACUGCUGUGUCCUCCCGCUGACGUAAAAUGUGUUCUAUCGAUUGGAAACCUGCAGGCAUGUUGACAGCGACAGGUAACCAGAUCUCCCGAGAAGCACUUCUGCCGUUGCGCUAAAACACGGCGCAGAGGGUCAACACCUCCCUCGUCUUCAGCACUGCUGACUGUGACAGUGACUGGUUAAGAAGAGGAGUGCGUGGGUACCUUUUUAAGGAGAUUUUAUGCGUUGCCUUAUUUAUUUUAAAUCUGGCGAGUCUGUACGCUGGAAGUGCCUUACGAACCUUAUGCCGUACCGAGCUGCGCUUGCUCUUCCGUGCUCUGCACGUUGCCAAAUAAUGUGUGUGUAGCGCUUGUCGGCGCCCUGCUGGUGGCUUACGCUCUCCUCCUCGCGUCUGUCUCUCAAGCGUGUGUGUGGACGUUGUAUGUAAAACUGCCGGUUUUGAAAUAAACGUGCCAGGUCUGUGCA